AAAAGGUCCAUUCAUCCCUCUGGCUUCGUAAUCCCAUUUGAUUUGGGUAUCUACCAAAGAGCCGCCUGACGAACACGAAGGACGGCUAAUUUUACAGGAACCAACGACUGAAAAAGAAUGCCCCCAUUCCAGAAACCCAUUGCCUCAAUCGAGAGCUGAAGAAUUGAAUAAGCUUCUCUACAAUUUUCUGUAACAUGAUUCAUUUUUAUGAUGAAUGACAAUGCAAAACUAAAAUUCUCCUUUUUUUCGUCUUCUGCUUCCCAAUGGCUAUCCCCUGAAAUUCCACCAUGGAUCUCCUCCUCUCCACCCACUUUCGUCGUCUCCCCAUUACUCCAAAAACCGAUCUCACAUACCGCCGCCGCCGACCAUUUAAUAAUCCCCCUCAUGUUCGCACCGCAAUUACCGAGAAUUAUGCUAAUUUAUGUGAAGCCCACCACCCGUUCGACGAAAUUCCUACAUGGGAUACUUUUGCUUGGAACAAUCUGAUUCAAACCCAUCUCACUAAUGGAGAUGUGGGGCUUGUUAUUUCUACGUAUGAACAGAUGUUGCUGCGAGGUGUUCGCCCUGACAAUCACACCCUUCCUCGAAUUAUAGGCGCUUCCCGCCAGUGUGGCGAUCUUCAGGUUGGCAAACAGCUCCACGCUCAAGUCUUCAAACUUGGGUUCUCCUCUAACCUCUAUGUAAUUACUUCCUUGAUCGAAUUGUACGGGAUUCUUGAUGGGGCUGACACUGCUAAGUGGCUCCAUGACAAGUCGGCUUGCAGAAACUCUGUUUCUUGGACCAUGUUAGCCAAGCUGUACGUGAUGGAAGAUAAACCCAGCUUUGCCAUCGACUUGUUUUAUCAGAUGGUGGAGUUGGCGGCUGAUAUUGAUGCUGUGGCAUUGGCCACAGCCAUUGGGGCUUGUGGAUCACUGAAAUUGCUGCAACAUGGAAGAAACAUCCACCUUCUCGCCAGAACUCAUGGCUUGGAAUUUGACGUCUUGGUCAGUAAUUCCCUGUUGAAAAUGUACCUUGACUGUGGUAGUAUUAGAGAUGCUAGGGGGUUCUUCAAUCGGAUGCCAUCGAAAGAUGUCAUUUCCUGGACAGAACUGAUCCAAGCAUAUGUUAAGAAAGGUGGAAUCAAUGAGGGCUUUAAGCUGUUUCGGCAGAUGAAUAUGGAUGGAGGAUUGAAGCCUGAUCCAAUUACAAUCAGCAGCAUUCUCCCAGCCUGUGGAAGAAUGGCCGCGCAUAAGCAUGGAAGAGAGAUUCAUGGAUACGUGCUUAAAAGUGCUAUUGAUGUCAAUCUCAUUGUCCAAAAUGCUUUGGUUGACAUGUAUGUUAAAUCAGGAUGUAUCCAAUCUGCAUUGAAAAUUUUCUCAAGGAUGAAGGAGAAAGAUGCGAUUUCGUGGACUGUCAUGAUUCUUGGCUACAGCUUACAUGGCCAAGGAAAACUCGGAGUCAGUUUGUUCCGGCUGAUGGAGAGGAACUUGAGGAUGCAUAGGGAUGAGAUCACUUAUACUUCAGUUUUACAUGCUUGUAGUACUGCUAGCUUGGUAGAGGAGGGGGAUUUUUACUUCAAUUGCAUUAUGGAACCGACUUUUUCACACUUUGCAUUAAAGGUAGCUCUUUUAGCUCGAGCAGGACGACUGGAUGAAGCAAGGGCAUUCGUCGAACAACAUAAACUUGAUAAACAUCCUGAGAUUUUGAGAGCAUUGCUUGAUGGAUGCAGGACCCACCGUGACAAAAAACUAGGCAAGCGAAUCAUUGAGCAGCUGUGUGAUUUGGAACCUCUAAAUGCUGAGAAUUACAUUCUACUUUCAAACUGGUAUGCCUGCAACGGAAAAUUGGACAUGGUCGAGAAGUCGAGAGAAAUAGUUAGAGACAUGGGAUUAAGGCCUAAGAAGGCUUACAGUUGGAUGGAGUUCCGCAACAAAAUUCAUGUGUUCGGGACAGGGGACGUAUCCCACCCGCGUUCACAGAACAUAUAUUGGAAUUUAGAGUGUCUGAUGAAGAAAAUGGAAGAUGAUGGUUUGAAGCCGAAACCGGAUUUCAGCUUCCAUGAUGUCGAUGAGGAGCGGGAAUGUGUUCUAAUAGGACACAGCGAACUCUUGGCGAUUUCAUUCGGACUGAUUAGUACGGAAGCAGGAAGGACAAUUUGUAUUACAAAGAACCUUCGUGUAUGCCACAGUUGCCAUGAAUCUGCAAAGUUCAUAUCCAAGAUUGUUGGGCGAGAAAUCAUAGUGAAAGAUCCUUAUGUUUUCCAUCAUUUCAAGGAUGGCUGUUGUUCUUGUGAAGAUUUUUGUUAACUUUAUCUGUUAUGGUCAUUGUUGUUUUAGUUUAGCGAUCCUCAGUUCCCCCAAUUUGACUGCUCACUUCAACAACAUGACAAGCAAUAACAUUUUCAAGAGAGUUCUUCGUGGCCAAGGAUCUUAGCUAAGAUGGAAAACUUUGUGAUAUGUGCUUCUUAGUUUUCUUUACAAUAUAAAAAUGACUAUAUUUUGCGUUGUCAAAAUUAUCAAAAGAAA